CGUCGUUUACUGUACACAUUAAUCUGCGGUUACUUCGAAGCGGUGCAAACCACAAAUUACACUCCCAAUAAAUACUCACUCACUCUCCUUUUCCCUCCAAAUCCCUUCAUUUCCCUUUUCAUUUCCAAACCCUACUCUUCUUCCUUAUUCAUAGCCGAAAAUGUCUCCACCAACUAAAACUACACCCCCCUCUAAACCCAUACACCCCCUCACUCCUACUCAAACCACCGAAUCUCCUUCCCUUUCUUCCUCCUCCGCUCCUCCUCGCCGUCGCAGCCUCCGUCUCGCUAACUCCGAACCAGCCUUAACUACCCCCGAACCAACCACCGCUAGGGUUUCCGAACCGAAGAAACAGAAAAUGGAUAAAUCAAAUCUUACCGCUUCGGAUUCCGAACCUAAUCCAAUACCGAACGGUUUUGUGAACUUGCGAUCGGGGAAGAAAAUUCUCAAACGUGAAAUCGUUAUCGAUGAUAAUGAUUCUCAGAACAACACUCCUAAAAGGAACAAAAUCGAAGUGAAAAACGAUGAAGUAGAAUCUAGUGGAAGAAGAAAAUUGACUAGAGAAGAGAAAGGGAAGGAACCUGUUGUUGUCGCUGAUGAAAAGGAAAAUGAAAAUAACGAAUUCGGUGUGGAAUCUGAAGGCGUAGUUGAGAAUAUUGUGGAAGAGAGAAAUGAAGUACCGAAUGUUGUAGAAGAAGCUAGAAAUGCUAUUAAUAAUGUGAGAGAGGAACGCGGUGUGAGGAGGAAUAUGGAACGAUUUCGUGAUAUAGCGAGAGUGAAUGCUUCACGUUUCGCGCAUUUUGUGAAUGAUGAAAGCGCUGAUGAGGAUUUGGUGCAGGAAAAUGGAGUAGAAGAAGAGAGGAAUGAGGUUGAAGAUUGGCCUGGUCCAUUUUCAACUGCGAUGAAAAUCAUUAGGGAUCGAGAGAAGAAAUGGAUUCCAUUUGGUUCUGAUACUGUGCAGGAGAAUUUGAUUGAUAAGAUAAAGUGGAAACCGAAAACGGGUUUGGAGAAGUUAGGUGGAAAGUUAACUGUUCCGUCAUUGCAAGAGCUUUGUAUUAGGAUACUUGCUAAGAAUGUGGAUGCGAUUGUUUCGCUUGAGGGUGUGCCGGAUGGUUUGAGGCAUAGGCUUAGUCAGUUGUUGUGUGAUUCGAGAAGAAUGAAUGAUCAUUUCUUUGAACUUCUUGUUGGUGGAAGUCCGACCGAGAUUCGGGUUAGAGACUGCUCGUGGUUGUCCGAGGAACAUUUUACUAAGUGCUUUGAAGAAAGUGAUACUUCUAAUUUGGUGGUACUGCAACUUGACCAGUGUGGGCGCUGUUUGCCGGAUUAUGUGGUAGUUGAUACUUUAGCAAGGUCACCAAAGCAGUUACCUAAUUUAACAAGUCUAUCCCUUGGUGGUGCAUGUCGGCUCUCAGAUGGGGGGUUGCGAGCACUUGUUUCUUCUACUCCAACACUUAGAUCAAUAAACCUUAGCCAGUGCUCGCUUCUCACAUCUGCCAGUCUUCAUAUUUUGGCUGAAUCAUUGAAAACUCUUUUGAAAGAGUUGUACCUUGAUCACUGCCUUGGCAUUGAUGCUGCACUAAUUGUGCCAGCACUGAUGGAGCUUGAAAAUUUAGAAGUGUUGUCAGUGGCUGGCAUUCCAACUGUUUGUGAUACCUUUGUAAAGGAUUACAUUGUUGCACGUGGUCACAACAUGAAAGAGCUUAUUCUGAAGGACUGCGUAAACUUGACUGAUGCAUCAAUCAAAGUUGUUGCUGAACAUUGUCCUGGAAUAUGUCGGCUUGAUCUGAUGAACGUGUGCAAAUUAACAGAUUUGUCCAUGGGAUAUCUUACAAACGGUUGUCGUGCACUUCAUACACUGAAGCUUUGCCGUAACACAUUCAGUGAUGAAGCAAUUGCUGCAUUUGUGGAGACUAAUGGAGAGUCCUUGAUAGAUUUAUCGCUUAAUAACAUCAAAAAGGUUGGUUAUCACACGACCUUAUCACUUGCAAGCCAUGCAAAAAAAUUGCAUAGUCUAGAUGUAUCUUGGUGCCGAACUUUGACCGACAAUGCAUUGGGUUUGAUAGUGGAUAGUUGCUUGUCACUUAGAUUGCUUAAACUCUUCGGAUGCACUCAGUUAACAGAUGUUUUUCUGAAGGGCCACUCGAACUCACAGAUCCAGUUAAUUGGCCUAAAAAUGACUUCUGUUUUGCAACAUGUCAAAGUGCCGGAUCCUCAUCAAAGCGCUUUGAAUUAUUCGUCAGUCUCUGUAGAUUUGGCUCCGUAGCUUUGACAUAAUCUGAAAUCAGAGAAACUAAUACAGUAGUAACAGUGGCAUUACAAAUAUUUCUAGGCCAGUGGAACUUUUUUUUGCUACAAUGCCUCAACUUGAAAGAGGAUUUUAUUUUUGCUUUCGACAUAUGAUAGUGAAGUUAUAUGUCUGUAACAGUGACAGAAGUUUCCUUUUUUUGCAAGCAUUUAUCAAGGUCAUCAAACCUAACAUACCAACCUGACUUUUUACUUUUUUACUUAUAUCUUGAGAAAGACCAUUACAUUUAUGUGUCCAAAUAUUAUUACUUGGUGGUGAGUUUUCAUUU